CCAAGCUAAUCUCUUUUACAUUCUUUGUAUUCUUAAGUUUCCUGAGUGAUUUUUGAGCCAUGACAGGAUCCUCAACACAAAGAGGCAUGUGGUCCCUGAUCAAGGAUGUUGAUCAUACCAAGACCACUUGGGCCUUAAGGGUGAGGGUGGUCAGGGCAUACGAAGUCCCACCACACUCAAAGGGGGGGGGGGGGACACUGGAGAUGGUGUUGCAUGAUGAACAUGUACAUCAGUGUCUACUACAAAAUCUAAGUGUAUUCACAGAUUAUAAUUUUGCUAUCAAAAACAUAAAAUAUCAUAUUAUCAUAAUAUUACUAUUAUAAUCAUUAUUAUUAUUAUGUUCACAAUGCUUACAUUUUGAUAUUUAGGGAGACCGCAUUCACGCUAUCAUAAAAAGGCCACAGGUCGAGCUUUACAAAACCAUGAUCAAGGAAAACAAAAUUUACGCUCUAAGGACGUUUUUGGUCCUGGACAACUACCAAACUGUCAAAACAAGUGACCAUCCUUAUCUGAUUCAAUUCAUCAGCAAAACUCAAUUCACCGAGGACACUAGGACUGAGUUGCCAAUGAUGGUGUACGACUUUCAGCCAUUUGACAUGUUGCAGGCUCAACGCGUCAUCAACGACAAAAAAUUGAUUGAUGUCAUUGGGAAAGUCAUAUGCAAGAGCGGUGUUCAAAACCACAUCAUCAGCGGCGCGCCGAACUGAAAGAAUGAUGGAGUUGACAUUAGGAGACCCUGAAGGGAACAGACUCAGAUGUGUUUUGUGGAACAAGUACAUAGACCAGUAUAUGGAGUUUGUGACCGAAAAUGUUGGUGUGCCUGUGUAUGUAAUUUUUCAAUUGUACAGGCCAAAGAGAUACCAAGGCACCCUAUCUGUGUCAUCUUCAUUCGAUAUGUCAAAACUGAUCAUCAAUGGGAGGUCAAGCGAGUUUACUGAAUUUCAAAGCGAAUUUCCUGCAGACGGUGAUGACAGCGUCACGGCAACAACCAUCACACUAUCUUCCAACGGUGAUGGGAGCCGCGAAGAUGUCCUUGCGGGCCAGGCUGUCCGGCAACAACCAUCACCCAUAAUUCUCUUUUGUUAAGUGUCCGCCCAAUAUCUAAUGAAUUAACACAGUGUCGUCGUAGAGUUGCUCUGACACCACUUGUAACACUUCUAGAUGCUCUCCGAACCAUUAGUAAUGCCCUUACAAAUCAACACAAACAUUUAUCACGCAACUUUCCACAAAUCUAUAAAUGAUCAUCAAUAUGUUUAGUUCAUGCAAGCCCCAUCAUCACGAGUCAACAAACACACAUAAGAAUGAGGCACACAUAGGAAUGAAACACACAUUCAGUCAACAUAGUCAAUCAUUACAGUCAUUGUUUCAAAUCAGCGACGUAAGGCAUACAAAUGAUAUCACAAUACGCAAAACAUGUGAGAUUGGAAGCCUCCCCUAAGAGGAAUCAACGACAUAAGGCAUACACGUCUGCUCGCGACAAGGAUUGAAAACAUGGCCAUAUGGAUAUGGAUACCAUGGAGCCGUUUUUGAGUUGACCUCCUCCCUCCCCUUCUUCCUCUCAAAGUGGAAAGACUUCGUAAUUGUUCUCCAUGCACUCAGACCCCCCAAUAACGUAUUUCAUCUAUUUUCGAUGAAGAUUUGUUCACCACAGCGGCAGAGGAAUUUGGGUAUCGAGGGAUGGGCUUAAUAUCAGAAGGAAGAUAAAAUGCCUAUUGGACCUUGGGUUUCAUCAUCGUGCUGUUAGAGACUUACUAUCUAUUACUACGUAUGUAAUAAAAAUUAAAAUUAAGACUCGUAUACUUCCUCCUUGUCCAAUAAUUUUGACAAGCUUGAUCGACACAUGAAAUAAUAAAGUAAAAACAGUUUGGUUGGAGUUUGUGUAGAUGCGAGAGAAAUAAUAAGAACUAUAAAUUAAUUACUUAAAAAGUGACAUAAUUUUCGGGGGGGAAAGAAAAGAUAACAAGGUUGUAAGGCACCGAGGGGGUAUAUCAUUAUUUCAAUUAUUUUCUAUCAUGUGAAGAGUAUUAGAUACUACCUCCGUUCUCUUUUAAAUGCAACGUUGAACUUUUUGCACUAUUCACAUGUUCCACUUUGACUACGUUUUAUUUAUUAAUGUAAUAAUAUAUAUAUUUGAAAAAAAUAUUGUUAAAUUUUUCUCAUUAUAAAUUUUCAAAAUCUAUUUUUUAAACUUUUUUUUACUAAUCGGGAAUUUUAGAUAUUAAUGGUCAAAGUUGUGCCUCG